GAAAAAGGCGAACAAGGAUCAUAUGAUCCGCCUACCCUCUUUCACUCCUCGUAUCGAACAUCGUCGAGUUUAGUUUCAAUUUAGUUCGACUUCUCUUUUUCCCUUCUUUAGUACCCGCCGUUCUCUUCUCGUCUACCAGGUAGAUCUUCGAUAAUCAUUUUUGCCUUGCCUUUCCGCCGCGAUCUGGUCAUCGUGUGCUAUUCUAUCCUUAAUUCCCAUUAACCAAAAAAUCCUUGCGACGGAAUAAUACCCCCCCAAUCACAAUCCCGCCAUCCAUUCAUUCGGCACGCGCAACGAACAAUAAUUGGUACAACUUAGCUGGUCUACCUCCGACACGAAAUAUCCGAUCUCACGAUACCCACGGCCGCUACAAUAAUCUGCGAAAGCGAAGCGAAAGGAGUGUGAAAAAUACAAAUAAUACGUAAAAAAAUGAAGACUGGACUCGCUACGACGACGGCACUUCUCGCCGCUCUCUGCGCCACUUUUGCUAGCGCUGGUGUGGUUAUUACGCCUAUCCACCAAAACCAGAUCGUGCCCAACGCUGCUGGUGAUUGUUUCUUUGGCAAGUCGACGCCUUUCGGUUGCGGCCCCCAACGCUCAUGAUCGAGUUUUCGGAAUGGCAAUUAAACAAACUCAUACGGAUGGAAGUCGAACCGAAUUGAUGCACGACAUGCUAGGUCACGUCUUAUCGGAUCUAAUCUAAGAAGCGAAAACAAAGCGAUGGCGUUGGGUUAUUAAAUAAUACUGGUCUGGAAGAGAAUAGACAAUCGUCCCAAUCCACCUUUAGUCCCGACUGAUCCUCAUUCGUCUAGCCAAGCCAAUACCUUCUAGACUCAUUGAGGGACUAUUUGGUCGGUGGGAAUAUGGAAGCAACUGUAUGGUGUCGAUUUGUUUGGGUGUUUGGUUAUUAUUUUGUCGUUAGCACUGAAGAAUCCAGGCUUCAUUUCUUGCUGUAAAUCAUUUAUUAUCGGAUCUACCUCCCUGCCCAUGUACAUAGACAAUCAAAACGGUGUACUCACAU